AUGCUCGACGCAAAGAAAGUGGAAGCCGGCAUUGCCGAAUCCGAGCCUCAAGAGCAUGUGGAACAGUGUCUUGCUGAAGACAAUGGCCGCACGCUAAAAUACCGCAACGGAAUCCUGCUCGAUCCUCAGCCGAGUGAGGAUCCUCAUGACCCUCUGAACUUCCCACUCUGGCAGAAAGCAUGUCUUCUGGCCAUUUUAUCCUAUUGGGCUUUUCUUGGAACCACAAAUCUCAUUAUUGUGGGGCCAUCCUUCUUCGAAUUGAAUCAACACUACGGCGCAAGCUUUACAGAGCUUUCGUACACCAUCAAUGGACCAUUGGUAGCUUAUGGUGCUGGCUGCUUGUUCUGGGUGCCCUUCUCCAAUAUCUACGGGUUGAGGGUUUGCUUUCUGGUGUCCUCCCUCUGUGCUGCAUCGAUAUCGAUAUGGGCAGCACUAGCAUCUACUUUUGGAGAAUUCGUCGCCGCUCGCGUUUUGGCUGCGUUCUUCUAUGCCGCCCCUGAGGCGAUCGGCCCUCAGGUCGUGGCUGAUGUCUUCUUUUUGCAUCAGCGUGCGACCGCCACUGGAGCAUUCACUGUGUUCCAGUUCCUGGGUUUCUCCUUGGCCGGGCUCAUUGGGGGAUUCGCAACUUUGAACCUUGGGUGGCGGGCUCCUUCCUAUGUCAUGGUGUACACCACGUUCGGGGCUUUUGUAGGCAUUUUCUUCCUGAUGCCGGAAACUACCUAUACACGGUCGGGUAGGUUCGAAGUGGGUGAAAAACGUCGGAUUGUCGAUGGACUUCGUCUUUGGCAUGCCAGUGGCGGAGGAGAUCCCAAAGUUAAGAGCAAGAUUGCUGCUUUCACAUACCCGUGGUACUAUCUUCCACAUCCAAUCGUGCUACUGGCGACGGCGUAUUUCUCGAUUUUUCUCGCCACCAACGACUAUAUGCUGACCACCAACUCGGUGUCCUAUCCUUUGGAGUUCGGAUUCAAUCUGUCUGAUGUUGCAUUGACCUCUAUUGCCCCAUCGCUUGGGAAUAUCUUUGGGAUCAUCUAUGGAGGCCUUGCCAACGACAAGUUUGUGGAAUGGAGGAUGAAAUCCAAGGGCGACUUCCAGCCAGAACUACGUUUGCCUAUGCUACUGCUGACGGCGAUCGUUGGCCCCGCUGGCCUCAUCAUGUUCGGGUGCGCGACAGAGUACCACGCUCAUUGGGUUGUUCCGCUCAUUGGCGAAUUCCUUAUGGCAUUCGGGUCUAUAGUAGCAGGAAACGUGGUUUACACCUAUAUCGCAGAUACAUAUCUCGAAAGGGCAGACACCGCAUUGGUUAUGCUGAAUGGUCUGAAGAACCUAUCUGCGUUUGGUUUGGUCUACGCUGUCACACCUUGGAACACCUACAGCGGGUAUGCGAUCUCAUUUGGCGGACUGGCUGUGAUCCUAUUUGCCUUUCACCUUCCGGUUGCUAUACUCUGGUGGAAGGGUGCUGCUAUUCGCCAAUGGCAACGAGUGAAGUGGCAUUCUGGAACUGUCGCCGUACAUGGAGAAGGAUUGAAAUAA